CUCCCCAUCUUCCUCUAGCGCCAGCCACCAGGGAGGUUCGAGCUCGCCCCCUCCGCGCCCUCCCUGCUCGCUGCCCUCCAGCUCGCCAUAUCUCUUGCACGCACCUCAUCUUCUCCAUCCCCUCCCCAUCUUCCUCUAGCGCCAGCCACCAGGGAGGUUCGAGCUCGCCCCCUACGCGCCCUCCCUGCUCGCUGCCCUCCAGCUCGCCAGUCGUGCUCAGCUCUGCUCCAUCUUCCUGCGCCGCCCAAGUCCAGUCAGGAACUUCCUAGCGCCUCCCUCUCUGCUCCUGCGCUCGGUGCCCAUCCCUGUGGUGCUCAGCGUUUCUCCCUCUCUGGUAGCCGCAGCCCUAGCUCGUCCAUGGCGUUUGGGCCAAAGUUCCUUAUCCCCUUCACGCCGGCCGUCCUUGUUCAGCCAUGGUCACAUGGUGGUGGAACACCUAGGUCCGUCCACGGUCGCUCCCUUCGUCGUUGGUGCUCGACGACCUCUGCUGCUUCUCCUCUGGUGUCCUUCCGGUGUGAGUGCCCUCACCCUAGCGGGCAGCAGCAGUAACCAUGGAACAUUGGAAACCCCUCUGGGUCGCGCCCUCAACAUGCUCGAUGAUAUGCUACAACGUUGUUCAACCAUAUGUUUGUGUCAUCCUGUAUAAUUGUUCGAAGCAUCUACAAGUUGACGUCUUCUAGGGCUUUAUGUAGUGUGCUACUAAUUACUACUUGGGGGAAUUGAUGAUUUCCUCCUUCUCUCUUUUUUUACUGAAACCGUGACAGUUCUACUUCUAUCUCAUUUCUUUGCUGUUCAGUUUUGUGUGAACUGAGCAUACCAUUUCUUUGCAGUUGUCUCGCAGUUUCCGAGAGCCCACUGUUUCGCGGUCUGCUUACUAGCUCACGCAGCAAAAUACUUGACCCAGCGAUGGAUCCUUGGAACGCCAUGAGAGCCUGAACUCGUCCAGAUCAAUCAUCCCGGUGCUUCCAGCGACGUCUAUAGCUGCAGAUGUGCUCCAGUGGAGCUUACCGCUACCACUUUGUGUUGGACACUUGAACUGCAAUGCACAGUCACGGGCACAGAUAGUCUCAUCUCAUAGUCAGAUCCAGCCUCUCCGAAUCUGGCCAGGGAACAACACGCCGUGCACGCACGCCCCGCAUGAGGGGAAAGAACCGAUUCAGGUUCUAAGCAUGAGCAAGCUGGGUUAUGAUGGUGUUGUGGCACUGCUGGUUGCCGAUAUAUCACUUUCAAUCGGUCCUGACCAGAUUGAAGCUUUGUAUCAGUAUGCCAAAUUUCAGUUUGAGUGUGGUAACUACUUAGGGGCUGCUGAUUACCUUUACCAGUAUGGUGCUUUGUGCACAAACAGUGAGCGAAAUGUGAGUGCCCUCUGGGGAAAGCUGGCAGCAGAAAUCCUAAUGCAAAACUGGGACCUAGCUUUGGAGGAACUCAACCGCUUGAAGGAAAUAAUUGAUUCAAAGAACUUCUCAUCACCUCUGAAUCAGCUCCAGAACAGGAUAUGGCUGAUGCAUUGGGCUCUGUUCAUCUUCUUUAACCAUAUCAGGUACUUGAAUGCUAUACCGACAAAUGCACACCAUCUUAUUAGGUAUCUAGCUACUGCAGUUGUUGUCAACAAAAGGAGAAGGAAUAUGCUUAAAGAGUUGAUUAAGGUCAUUCAACAGGAGCACCAUACCUACAAGGAUCCCAUAACUGAAUUUCUGGAAUGCUUAUAUGUUAACUAUGUAGUUGUGGGCUUUUGAACAAUAGCUAGAGUGAUAUGAAACAUUAGUGAUGUAGUUGUGGGCUUUUGAACUGCUUCAAGCUGGAGUGAUGUCGUUGUGGUGCUUUUGUGACUGAUCA